AUUCCAGUUCGUCACCUUCUUCUACUCAAAAUGGUUGUAAUGACAAACGAUGAUAGCGUAGAGAGGAUGGUGAAAGUGCGGUUUGUCGUCAGUAUGGGAGCACUGCUUCCUGGUUUUGGAUGUUACUUCUGUAUUGCUUACACAUAUAUCUUCCAGUACGAAAUCAUUGCAAACUUUACGGAGGAUGACCAAUGCCCAGGUGUUCAUUCAGAACUUCCUCCAGUUUCAUAUGCUAUCGGUAUGUGGGAACCGCAACGAUAUUUCUGGCUUUUCAUCAUGUUCCUACACUGUCCGCCAAGAAUUUUUUUUCUCAUUCUCUACCGACGAGCAUUUCGAAAGGCUGCGCCGAAAUCGGCUGCCUAUCAUCAGGUCAUCUAUUUCUACACGAAAACCAUGUGGAUCGAGUUCCUCGGUCUCAUUGCCGUCUCCGUAAUUGACAUAAAGUUCAUUGUACACGCCAUUGCAUACUCUACAUGGAUCAUCUCGUUCAACUUUAAUAUGCUCUUCAACACAAUUCUUCAUCACUUCGGAGGUAUUCGUGAGAAGUCUGAGAAGUCCGAAGUGAUUUGGAGAAUCAAGUUGACCAUGUUUAUCUCCGGCCUCUUCCUCUCGCUCUCUACGGCCGUCUCCUAUCCGUUGUUUCUCGUUUACUGCCUUAAAGAAGCAUACAUCGCUUUUUCGAUUGCCGAGUAUAUGUUAGUCGGAUACAAUUCAUUCUUCUAUUGUCUUUCGUACUGGGAGUUUCCACGAUAUCGGCUCACACUCGGUGUUUACGAGCCUCCCAAGAAGAUUCACUGCUCUAGCAACACAAUACCCAAUAUCAGUGGCACAAUUAAGGCAUACUCCUUAAACUGA